UAAUCAGAGUUCCUUCAAUUACUAGAAUCGUCCUAGCGGAUCAGCAAAUCGCUGCGACUCGCCUGAGUAGGAAUGUUCAGGAGAAUCCCUAGACCGUUUCCUCCUCUUUCAGUUUCUCCGCUUUCCUGCUUCAUUCUACUUUGCACAUGUUUCAGUAAAAUGUUCUUGUAUAGCUGCAAUAUAUCAUUCAUCAAAUAAUCACUAAACUUUCCAACGAAUUGGUGAAGUCACCUCUGGCAUUGCUAAUACUCUGAUAUUAUAGAUUUCAACGGACGCAUGGCUCCGAAAGCCAGUGACAAGGUUCUCAGUUACAAUGAUGUUGUACUCAGGCGAUCAGAUCUAGACAUUCUCAGCGGUCCAUAUUUUCUAAAUGACCGCGUUAUUGAGUUCUAUUUGAGCUAUCUCAGUUCCAGCUUUCCAUCUGAGGACGUAUUACUGGUAUCACCUUCAAUUGCUUUCUGGAUAAAAGAGUGCCCAGACGCCGCAAGUGUUAAAGACUUUGUAGAACCCCUCCAUCUUUCUCGAAGGAAGUUGAUCAUCUUUCCAAUCAAUAAUAACUCUGAUGUGAAUCUAGCUGAAGGGGGCACCCAUUGGAGCUUACUCGCAUUUGAGAGAAACACCAAUGUGUUCGUGCAUCACGAUAGCAGCUCGGGCAUGAACAAGUGGGAUGCCAAACGGGUCUACAAUGCCAUUCUUCCUUAUACAACAACCGACGCUUCUUAUAUCGACUACCCUGACACACCAAAGCAAGAAAACGGAUACGAUUGUGGUGUAUACGUCCUCGCCAUUGCAAGGGUAAUUUGUAAUUGGUAUGCAAGCAGUGGAUCCAAGGAUAAUGUUGAUCUGUGGUUUCCUUCCUUGAAGGAACAGAUUAACUCCAGUGCUGUUUCGGAGAUGCGCAACGAGGUUCUAAGGUUAGUACAAGAUUUAAUGGCAAGAAAAUAGUUUUGCCUCUCACUUUCCACCCUUGAAUAGAGAAGUGGGAUUGAAAUGAAUGAAUGAUCUGAGCCCUUGAAAUAGAUCAAAAGCAUGCAGCUCAAGAUCUAAUUUCAGACUGGUCAUCUGCCAUUUGGAUUGUUCUCUGUUUCAACGACUCAUGUGACUACUGGCAUUAACUAUGAGUGUGAAUCUAACAUGGAUAUCGCAUUUGAUUUGGAUGUGUCCAAAAUAUGAUAGUCUGAGGUGUUAAAUAACAAAAUUCAUAGUUACGUUUGAGACUA